AUGGCCCUGAGCGUCAGCGUCAAGAGGGUCACCCAGCUGCCGGGUUCUGGGGAGAGGCAGGUGCACGUCAGCUUCAGAGGUUUUACUCAGAAGACAAAGAAGAUACACUGUGGCCAGGAAGCAGUCUUUGGAGAGCUGUUUCGCUGGCCACAUUAUGGAAAACUCCUUAUGGAAGAGAUGCUGAUAGUUAAAGUUUACAAUUGCAGUAAGGUAUUCAGUAACAGAUUACUUGGUACCUUGGUUAUCAGCCUUCAGCACUUGGUAACAUCUGGACGGCUAAAUAUCAGAGAGGCUCUUGUUGACAAAAAUCACAGCAUCACAGGAAUAUAUAUUGAACUAGAUCUGCGAUACCAGCCUCCUGAUGGUGCUGCAGGAACAUGGGUUGAGGAAGAUUUUGUCUACCAGAUGAAAGACAGUUCCGAAAUUAUAAUCCGCAACCCUGGAUUUGAGGAGCUGGAAGCUGCUGAUGUGAAGCGAGCGGCUGAUCUGGACAGGAAGGCUGCCAUGCUUGGUAGGAAACUUGUGAAAGGCUUGGAGACUGAUGAGGAAGAUGAUUAUUAUGACGUGUCUGACAUGGAGUUCUCGGGCAUCGUCUUCAGCCCUGUGAAGAGCCGUUCUAAAGUCUUCUCCAAAUCAGACUUGCAUGCUGCUCCUAGACCACAAAACAUCCAGAUUGGCAUCAACAUAAUUGAAGCCCAGAAACUAGUGGGGGUGAACAUUGACCCUUAUGUGGUAGUGAAAAUUGGAGAUGAGAAGCGACACACUGCAACACAGAAGUCAACCAAUUGCCCUUUUUACAAUGAGUAUUUUACAUUUGAAUUCCAUGAGCCAAGAGAUGUUUUAUUCCACAGACUCAUAGAGAUUUCUGUCUUUCAUUCAAAGAAGAUCCCAUUCCUAGGUACACUCAUUGGGACAUUCAAGAUUGAUCUAGAGACUGUUUACAGCCAGCCAGACCACAGAUUCUACCAGAAGUGGGCUGUGAUUAAUGACCCAAAGGACACCCGAGCUGGAGUAAAAGGCUUUGUGAAGUGCAACAUUUCUGUACUUGCACGGGGAGAUGUCCCGAGUUCUCUUCCCACUGCUUCCAGCAAUCAAAAUGAAGACAUUGAAAAGAACUUGCUGCUGCCUAAAAGAAUUCCAGCAGAGAGGCCCUGGGCCAAAUUCUGCAUCAAAAUUUACAAGGCAGAGGGUUUGCCCAGCAUGAGUGAAGGAAUCAUGGGUGGCUUUUCAAAGAUUGUGGGUGAGAAGAAAGUCUUCAUUGAUCCAUAUGUGCAAAUUGCUUUUUCUGGACAGCAGGGAGAAACAUCAGUUGAAAGUGGAACCACAGAACCAAUAUGGAAUGAACAGAUCAGUUUCAUUGAGAUGUUUCCUCCACUUGUCAGAAAAAUUAAAGUCCAAUUGUUGGAUGAUGCAAACAUUGGUGAUGUUGCGCUUGCCACACACUUCAUUGAUUUGCAACAAAUAUCUGAUCCUGGAAGAAAUGGAUUUAAUCCCACCUUUGGCCCAACUUGGGUGAAUUUAUAUGGUUCACCCCAGAAUUCAGCCUUGCGGGAUGUACAUAAAGUUCUCAAUGAAGGUCUGGGUGAAGGCAUAUUCUAUCGUGGCCGCCUUCUCAUGGCCAUUAGCGUGGAGAUUUUCACCACCAUCCAAGCAGCAGAGAAAAAGCCUGUGGAAGUUCUCAAAGGUGCCCUAAGCAAGCUCAAGCUGAAGAAGAAGAGUAAGAAGGCCAAGGAGAAAUCCAAAGCUUCUGUCAAAGAGCACCACCAAAGUCAAGUUGAAGUUGGUGCCUCCGAGGAAGCUGAGCAACCCAGUGAGGUGACUGUGGAGGUAGAGGAACUCCAUCCUCUCCCAGAGAAUGCGUUGGGAGUGAAGGAAGAAUUCCUCCUCUUUGCCUCCUUCUUUGAGGUUACUAUGAUGGAUCCAUCGAUAGGUACCAAGCCUGUGAAGUUUGAGGUCUCCAUAGGCAAUUAUGGCAAAGCCAAAGAAUUUCCAACCAAGAUUUCCAAGAAAGAGGAGAAAGGAGAAAAGAGUGAAGAGAAGCAGCCUUUGAUGGAAGCCAGUUCAGAUGAUGAGCUCGAUGUUGAAGUCACACCACCAAGUACGCCCUUGCUUGAUAAAUCUAUGAUUGUGAACCAACGACCUGAACCCACUGAAUAUGACAGAAUUAACUCCCAGGAACAUGGACUGGAAGAUGUCGAGAAGCUCUUGAGGAGACCAAAGUCAAAGGCAGAUGAGAGGCUUCGACAGGUUCUGGAGGAAUUUGUAGCUGGAUGCAGGCAGUAUUCUCUUAAUGUGGAGAAGAAGCCAAUGACCCGCCCAAACAACCUUGAUCGAUGCCGAAUAAAAUCUCUUCCACAAAAUAUUAUACUGUAUGCGAAACAGGGGCUCCGCAUAAGAAGGCGACUGACUCGCACCAACACCAAGGAAAAACUAAAUGAGACUAAGAUGAUUUUGUCAAAGCUGCGCUUCCUGGCUAAAGAGCCCCAAGCUACUAUCCCUGAUGUCUUAAUCUGGCUGUUUAGUGGCAAUAAGCGUGUCGCCUAUGCAAGGAUCCCUGCCCAAAACAUUCUUUACUCAGUGGUAGAAGAAGAGAAAGGCAAGGAUUGCGCGAAGUUCCAAACUGUCUUUCUAAGGGUUCCAGGGUCACACACUGGGGAUAUCUUUGCAAAGCUGGAAAUCUAUAUGUGGCUUGGGGUAACAAAAUAUGUGAAGAACAGCACUGCAGAGCUACCAGAGGAGUUCAAACCAAUCUAUGAUACGGCACAGCAGACUGUAAAGAUCUCAAGAUACCUUCCGCCCAGUCGGCUCAACAGGGAUGACUUCAGCUACUUUCAGCUGCGAGCCCAUUUGUACCAGGCACGAGGGAUUCUCCCAGCUGAUGAAAAUGGCCUUUCUGACCCCUUUGCGAAAGUGGUGUUUUCAACACAGUGCCAGACUACACAGGUUUUGGAGGAGACACUCAGUCCAAUGUGGAAUGAAUUGCUUCUGUAUGACCAGCUCAUUAUAGAUGGAAAAAAAGAGGACUUGAAGACAGAGACGCCAAUUGCUAUCAUCAAUAUGUUCGACCACAAUAAAUUUGGUGCACCGGUGUUCCUUGGUCGAGCCUUUGCUACUCCUCAGGUCAAGCUGGUAGAUGAGCCAUACAGCAAACCUUCUCUCCAAUUUUUUGACAUUUAUAAAGGGCAUAAAGCAGCUGGGGAAUUGAUUGCUGUAUUUGAGCUGAUUGAACUGGAUUAUAGUGGCUACUUAGAGCCAUCAGUGCCUAAUGAUGUGGAUCCCAAGGAACCAGAAUAUUUGGGAGACCCUCGUUCAGGACGAUUCGUUAUUCCAGAGGGAAUCCGACCAAUCCUAAAGGAGUUUCGUAUAGAGAUCUUGUUCUGGGGCCUGAGAGAUCUGAAGCGUGUGAACUUAUUUGAAGUUGACCAGCCACAGGUUGUCAUUGAAUGUGCUGGGAAGAAAGUAGAAUCAGAAGUGAUAACAACUUACAAAGAGAAUCCAAAUUUCAAUGAACUUGUCAAAUUUGUUAAUGUGGAGCUUCCAGAGCAGGUGUACUUGCACCCACCUCUCAGUAUCUUUGUGGUGGAGAAGAGAGCCUUUGGACGCUCCGUCAUGGUGGGAACCCACAUAGUUUCCCAUAUUAUGAAAUUUGCUCCAAAAGAGCUAGAUGAGUUGGAAGAAGAAGCCGAUAGGCCAUCCAAGACACGGAAAGCCUCAGCUCGACCCAACAUCUCCCAAACAGUGAUGAAUCUUGGUGCAGCUGCUGGCCAAACAGUGAUAAACAUGGGUGCAGCUGCUGGAAAGACAGUAAUAACCAUUGGUGCAGUUGCAGGAGACAUAGGCAGCAAAGCAAAUCCCCUGAAGCUUGUACAGGCACCUCUGAAGAAACUUCCUCUUGAUGCUUUAAUACCAAAGGAGGAAGAAUAUGAGGAAGAAAAACCUGAGAAGGAAGAACUGGACUGGUGGUCUAAGUACUAUGAAUCAUUAAAGGAAUUAAAUAACCAGUCCAUUAGUGAUGAGGAAGAGGAUGACCCAAAUGAUCCAGAUGGAGGGAACUUCACUGUUGCUUCUCUUGAUGUGGAAGUGGAAGAUGAAGUGGUGGUUGAAGCUGAGCCGGUUCAACCCAAAAGGAAACUAAUAGCCACAUUACAGAUCUACAAUACAGAGCUGGAAAAUGAGUUUGACAAUUUUGAGGAUUGGCUAUAUAUUUUUCCGCUUCACCGGGGCAAAGCAAAUGAGGAUGAAGAUGCAAAUGAUGAGGAAAAUUUUGUGGGGAAAUAUAAGGGUUCUUUUUAUGUAUACCGGGCUGAAGAGGCAGGUACAGAACACAAGAUCUCCCAAGGCAUUCCCAGAAACAGACCCAUUAAGGUCCUUGUCCGGAUCUAUAUUGUUAAAGCAACUAACCUGACUCCAGCAGACCCCAAUGGCAAGGCCGAUCCCUACCUUGUGGUUAAAAUUGGACAGCAACAAAAAGACACCAAGGAACGAUAUAUCCCAAAGCAGCUCAAUCCAGUUUUUGGAGAAGUGCUGGAACUGAGCAUAUCCUUUCCUGUAGAAUCAGAAGUCACUAUAUCAAUAUUCGACCAUGAUUUGGUUGGCUCUGAUGACUUAAUUGGGGAGACGAAGAUUGAUUUGGAGAAUCGAUUCUACAGCAACCAUAGAGCCAACUGUGGAGUGGCCUCACAAUAUGACACAGAAGGCUACAACAUGUGGCGAGAUGCUUUCAAACCCUCACAUAUUUUGGAGAGUUUGUGCAAGAAGAAUGCACUCCCUUCAGCUGAGUACAGGAAGGAAGAAGUCAAAGUAAACAACAAGAUUUUUAAGAUCCCUCCCGAAGCUUUUCCUGAAGAAGCCUUUGUAAAAGACAAGAAAGAAAAUGAUGAUGAAACUUGGUCUGCUUAUGAUGAGCACAAGGCUUUGUAUGUUCUUCAACACUGGGAUGAAAUGCCUGAAUAUGGAUACAAAUUAGUACCAGAACAUGUGGAGGUUCGAUCCCUUUACAAUCCAGAUAACCCGGGUCUCUUACAGGGAUCUCUCCACAUGUGGAUUGACAUGUUUCCAAACGAUGUCCCUCCACCACCUCCUGUUAACAUCAAACCACGACUUCCAAUCAGUUAUGAGCUACGUGUUAUUAUCUGGAAUACUGAUGAUGUGGUCCUUGAUGAUGUCAACCCAAUAACAGGAGAAAUUUCCAGUGACAUCUAUGUAAAAAGUUGGAUCAAAGGGCUGGAGAAAGACAAGCAAGAAACAGAUGUUCAUUUUAACUCUUUGACUGGGGAAGGCAACUUCAACUGGAGAUUUGUGUUCCGCUUUGACUACCUCCCAACAGAGAAAGAAAUAACAUACAAAAAGAAGGACUCCAUCUUUUCCCUGGAGGAAUCAGAAUUCCGGGAGCCAGCAGUCCUUGUCCUUCAAGUCUGGGACUAUGACAGGAUUUCAGCAAAUGAUUUUCUAGGGGCCAUUGAGUUAAAGCUAAAUGACAUGGUGAGAGCUGCUAAGAGUUCAGAGCAGUGCACCAUCAGGAUGGCCAAAGAGAAGGCCAUGCCUCGCUUUUCCAUCUUCCGAAACAAGCGGAUGAAGGGCUGGUGGCCCUUCAUCAAACUGAAAGGUCAGGAAGACAUUGAAAGAGAAGAAAGAGAGGCUAAACAGAAGAAAAAGAAGAAGAAGAAGAAGUGGGGGACCUCAAUAAAGCCAGAAGAUGUUGAGUUUUCAGAUCCUAGUGGAAACAUCUUCAUCCUAACAGGAAAAGUAGAAGCUGAAUUCCAGCUACUAACCUUAGAGGAAGCUGAGAAGGCUCCGGUUGGUCUAGGGCGGAAAGAGCCAGAACCACUUGAGAAACCCAACCGCCCAAAAACAUCCUUCAAUUGGUUUGUGAACCCAAUGAAAACGUUCAUCUUUUUCAUUUGGAAAAGGUAUAAGAAGUACAUCAUUGCAUUAGUGAUUAUUGCAGUUGUGACCAUAUUCUUGGUUCUCCUUCUCUACACUAUGCCUGGAUACAUCAGUCAGAAGAUAAUAAACGGCUAA